CGAAGACCACUGUCAUCCCCGAGAGCAUAAACCUCGCGCACUUUCAGACUGAAACUCCCAGAUGAUCGCGAGCAGCUCUACGGGCAGAGAGCGUCGUUGAAAUGAAACGUGCUACUGCAGAGUGGACUCCGCAUCAAGCUCUCUCUCUCCUUUCCUGAAGUGCUGCAGCGAGGGAGGACUGACUGCAUCGAAAAAAAGCCACACUGUCGUGCGCUGGCAAUUACCUCUGAUCUUAUUCUACAUUUAAAAAAAAAAAGCCCACAAGAUUUGUUUUCUCCAUAACGCCAAAGCGAAGCCGGAUGCAAUGGGUAACAGUCAGCUCAGUUCACUGCUCUCGCCAUAAAUGACGCCUGGCCUAUGAUUGCCACAGCCAUCCUGGAUUGUCUCCUGUGGUGACUGCAGACUCAAGAGUCUUCUCCCCUGCUGACCCACUGAUCUCACCACCUGUAAUUUGCCCACCAGCUUACACAACCCCCUACUUGCCCUUUUCCCCUUUUCUGUUACUUCUAAAUAUCCUCUGAACCCCUGUGAAGGCCUACUGUUGGAGGCAAAAUGGAGGACACUUACAAUAACAGGACUUCCCUAGCGAAGGGGGCCAAGGACAUGGUGAAAGAGGCAAAGCGACAUGCAGCAAAGAAAGUCAAUAAGGUGGUGGACCGUGCUGCAGAUGAGUACUCAGGCCACCGAAACUACAGUAGAUUCCAGGAUGAGGAGGAUGAAGAUGAGGAUUUCUACAGGAACCCACCGAGGCAGGAUGGAGAACACUACCGUGACAAUGACGAGGGCUCCAGCGACGCCACAGAGGGCCACGAUGAUGAGGAUGAGAUCUACGAGGGCGAGUACCAGGGGAUCCCCUCUGCAGGAGACAGGAAGCAUAAGGAGGGUCAGGUGGCGCUGGGGCAACCUAUCUCAGACGCAUCUAGGGACCGUAAGGUACUGGAGGAGGAAAGACAGGCUGAUGAGGAGGAACUGGCCCAACAGUACGAGCUGAUCAUCCAGGAGUGUGGACACGGGAGGUUCCAGUGGCAGCUCUUCCUGGUGCUUGGGCUGGCCCUCAUGUCAGAUGGAGUGGAGGUGUUCGUAGUGGGCUUUGUGCUGCCCAGUGCAGAGACAGACAUGUGUGUACCAAACUCCAGCUCAGGAUGGCUUGGCAGUGUUGUUUACUUGGGAAUGAUGGUUGGAGCUUUCUUCUGGGGCGGUAUGUCCGAUAAAGUAGGACGCAGACAGUGCCUCCUCAUUUGCAUGUCCACCAACGGCUUCUUCGCCUUCCUGUCAUCUUUUGUCCAGGGAUACGGCCUUUUCCUCCUCUGUCGUCUGGUGGCGGGCUUUGGGAUAGGAGGCGCUGUGCCAAUCGUUUUCUCCUUCUUUGCGGAGGUGCUGUCCAGGGAGAAAAGAGGAGAACAUCUCAGCUGGUUGUGUAUGUUCUGGAUGAUUGGAGAGAUCUAUGCAUCUGCUAUGGCGUGGGCCAUCAUACCACACUAUGGUUGGAGUUUCAGUAUGGGUUCAGCUUACCAGUUUCACAGCUGGAGGGUGUUUGUGGUUGUCUGUGCCCUGCCAUGUGUGUGUGCCGUGGUGGCACUUACCUUCAUGCCUGAGAGCCCCAGGUUCUACCUUGAGGUGGGAAAGCAUGAUGAAGCCUGGAUGAUCCUCAAACAGAUCCAUGACACUAACAUGAGAGCACGUGGGCAGCCGGAGAAAGUCUUUACCGUUAACAGGAUCAAGACCCCAAAACAGUUGGAUGAACUGGUGGAAAUGGAGUCAGAGUCUGGCAACCCAGUUUCAAAGGCUUUUUUUAGGAUAAAGACUGAAGUACAUGGGAUCUAUCUGAAUCUCAUGAAGUGCUUCAACUAUCCAAUGAGAGAAAACAUGAUGCGACUUGCCAUAGUAUGGUUAACUCUCUCAUUUGGGUAUUACGGUCUUUCAGUAUGGUUCCCUGAUGUCAUCAAACACCUUCAGGCAGAUGAGUAUGCUUCCAAGGUGAAAAUUCAUGCCAAUGAACGCACUGAAGACUUCACCUUCAACUUCACCCUGGAGAACCAGAUACACAAAAAUGGCCUCUUCCUCAAUGACCGAUUCAUCAAUAUGAAGCUGAAGUCCGUCACCUUUAUAGAUUCCACCUUUCGUAACUGCUACUUCGAUGAUGUGACAUCAGUGGGCUCCUUCUUCCGUAACUGCACUUUCGUUGAUGCAUUCUUCUUCAAUACAGACAUCGAUGAAUCCAAGUUGAUAGAUGGCACAGAAGUGGUCAAUAGCACGUUCACACACAACAAGACAGGAUGCCAGAUGACCUUUGAUGACGACUACAGUGCUUAUUGGGUUUAUUUCAUCAACUUCCUGGGGACACUGGCAGUUCUGCCCGGCAACAUUGUGUCUGCCCUCCUCAUGGACAAAAUUGGACGUCUGUCAAUGUUAGGGGGUUCAAUGGUCCUUUCAGGCAUCAGCUGUUUCUUUUUGUGGUUUGGCACCAGCGAGUCCAUGAUGAUUUUUAUGUUGUGCCUUUACAAUGGCCUGAGCAUUUCUGCCUGGAAUUCCCUGGAUGUGGUGACGACUGAGUCAUUCCCUACAGUCAGGAGAGGAACAGGCUUUGGGUUCUGCAAUGCUCUGUGUAAGCUGGCUGCAGUCUUGGGGAACUUGAUCUUCGGCUCUCUUGUUGGAAUCACAAAGGCCAUCCCGAUCCUCAUGGCCUCGUCUGUGCUCGUCGGGGGAGGCCUGGUUGGACUUCGGUUGCCUGACACCAGGGCCAAUGUUCUCAUGUAA